AGAAAGGUGCUUUAUUUUUUUUCCCCCAAAAUGACUAGAAAUAUAGGUCUGUUUGGGAAAGAACCAUAGGUCGAGGAAGAGAGGGCUCCGCAUGCUAUGCCUGUAUGUAGCAGAAACUGAUAUACGAAACACAGGAAGUUCCUUUGACACAACUCAACUCCGGUCCGGAAUAACUUCCUAUCUCCAACCAACAUAACGGUCACAAAUCUAUCUUUUGAUCUCUCUCUUAGCAUAAGAUCUCUGUAAACAUCCAUGCUUAUCGUAUUGAUUAAGAUUUAUGUUUUUCCUGCCAAACCUCAUUGUCUCUACUUGUUAACUCCUUGCAUUUGGUCCAUAAGCUGCUCGAUGAAAUGUCUAUCUGUGUAUAUCUAUAUAAAAAAAUUUGUUUUCCUUUUCCGGGAUAUUAUUGUUAAGGAUCUCUUUGUCCUAAAUUUAGGUAUGGAAGUGGCACAUUGCUAUCUAGAUGGAAAUGCUGAUUGUGUGGAGUUUUGUCCGCACGAUGCUUACCAUGAUGUUCUGGCCGCUUCAACAUACACGCUACAAGAGGGUGAUUUGCCCAGUCGAUCCGGGAGCAUAUCACUCUUCAAUGCAGAUGCUAACAUGGGUUGCCUUGAUUUGUUCCAUCGCGUGGGAACAGCAGGCAUAUUUGAUAUGAAGUGGAGCCCCGUUGGGGGAAACGUGGGUGUUAUGCUAGCUCAAGCAGAUGCUGAUGGUUGUUUGAGAACUUACAAUCUUGAGAGACGUUCAGAUGGAAUAGAAGGGAGUUUCUUGAAAGAGAAAAAUGGAGAAAAAAUCAGUUCCUCCAUGUGCCUUUGCCUUGAUUGGAACCCGUCGGCCACAUCAAUCUCAGUUGGGCUUUCUGAUGGAUCUGCCUCAAUAGUUUCCUUAUCAGAGUCCCAAAUAGAAAUACGAGAAGAAUGGAAGGCACAUGAUUUUGAGCUUUGGGCAACUUCCUUUGAUAUCCACCAACCCCAACUGGUAUACACUGGUUCGGAUGACUGCAAAUUCAGUUGCUGGGAUUUGCGGGAUAGUCCUAAGUUGGCAUUUCAGAAUACCAAGGUUCACAAGAUGGGUAUUUGUUGCAUAGUGAAGAGCCCUAGUGACCCUAAUACCCUAUUCACUGGUUGCUACGAUGAGUAUUUGAGGGUAUGGGAUGUCAGAUCAAUCUCAAAACCUGUAAAUGAAACUUCAAUAUGUUUAGGGGGAGGUGUCUGGAAAAUCAAGCCUCAUCCCAUUGUACCGGGAAUUGUCUUGGCAGCUUGCAUGCACAAUGGGUUUGCAGUUGUUAAGAUUGAAGGGGAUAAAGCCAAAGUAAUUGAAACUUAUAGUAAGCAUGGUUCACUCGCAUACGGAGCAGAUUGGCAGAGAAGGGAAUCUGUCCAGGAUGGCAAAAAUAGGAGUACCAUGGUGGCUACUUGCUCAUUUUAUGACAAGCUUCUUCGGAUAUGGAUGCCACAAAAUGAUUUCACAACAUGAUUUAUGUUGAACUUGUUGGACCCCUAUUUACUUUUCUAAUUAUGUUGAACUACUUGUGAAAAUACAACAGGCACCGUAAGGAUAGUUUGAAAGAAUUGUAAGCAAUAGUUUUUCUCCAAAAUUAUAUCUAAGUUAAUGCUUUGCACAU